CCCUCCCUUCACAGAUAGCGUGUGUUUGCUGAAAGCUGUGAAACAUCGGCGGGGAUUGGCUGGAACACGGUGAAUAGAUAUACAGGCGCACAGAUAUGAUGCGCCAUAUCCUGGCACACUCACUUGUGGCUGAAGAGCUUCUGCACUUAUUCUGUUCUUCAGACAGUAACCAUGGUGAUGAGAGAUGGGGAGGGGCCUUUGUUUCCCCUGCCAGGAGAGAGAUCAUUGCAGUCGCCCUGGGUCCUUGUUCUGGAUCUGCUUCCUCGUGGGCCGAGUGUCUGGACCUGGUCAGGUUUUGGUCACUUGGCUCCUGGUCUCUCUCCGGCUCUUCCUCCCUCUCUCACCAGCAGCCCUCUGGUGGAGAAGCCGGCAGCUGAGAGGCUGAAGAGGGUAGAGGAAGAGGAAGAGUGAGUAAAACAGCAAGACAAUCAGAGAGAAGUCACCUCAUCCAUCACAGCACCUUUUUACCAUGGCAGCCAACAGGGAGCAUCAAGUGCGUCACAUGACCACCUUUCCCCGCGCCAUGUUCCCGUUCACCUUUAACUCCAUGAGGAGCCACUCCCACUUUGACCUACUGGCCAGUAACCACCUUUUAGGCCGUUUUGGGGCUGACCUGCCCAAAGAGAUGGCUGCACUGUCGGUGGAGACCCAGAGCACCAGCUCAGAGGAGAUGGUGCCCAGCUCUCCUUCUCCUCCUCCUCCUCCCCGGGUCUACAAACCCUGCUUUGUGUGCCAGGACAAGUCCUCUGGUUAUCACUAUGGAGUCAGCUCCUGUGAGGGAUGCAAGGGUUUCUUCAGGCGCAGCAUCCAGAAGAACAUGGUGUACACAUGCCACAGAGACAAGAACUGUCAGAUCAAUAAAGUGACCCGUAACCGCUGCCAGUACUGUCGGCUGCAGAAGUGCUUUGAGGUUGGCAUGUCCAAAGAAGCGGUGCGCAACGACAGGAACAAGAAGAAGAAGGAUGUGAAGGAGGAGGUGGUGCUGCCAGAGAACUACGAGCUUAGCGGAGAGCUGGAGGAGCUGGUUAAUAAAGUCAGCAAAGCUCACAAGGAGACCUUUCCUUCUCUGGGCCAACUAGGAAAAUACACCACAAAUUCAAGUGCUGACCACAGAGUGCAGCUGGACUUGGGCCUGUGGGAUAAGUUCAGUGAGCUCUCCACUAAGUGCAUUAUAAAGAUCGUGGAGUUUGCCAAGCGGCUACCCGGCUUCACUACGCUCACCAUCGCUGACCAGAUCACCCUCCUCAAAUCUGCAUGUCUGGACAUCCUGAUGCUGAGGAUAUGCACUCGUUACACUCCAGAGCAGGACACGAUGACCUUCUCAGAUGGCCUGACUCUGAACAGGACACAGAUGCAUAACGCCGGCUUUGGUCCACUCACAGACCUGGUGUUUGCCUUCGCCGGUCAGCUGCUGCCGCUGGAGAUGGACGACACAGAGACGGGGCUGCUCAGUGCUAUCUGCCUGAUCUGUGCAGACCGCAUGGACCUGGAAGAGCCGGAGAAAGUGGACAAGCUGCAGGAGCCGCUGCUCGAGGCCCUGAAGAUCUACACCCGCCGCAGGCGCCCGAACAAGCCUCACAUGUUCCCGCGUAUGCUGAUGAAAGUCACAGACCUGCGAGGAAUUAGCACCAAAGGUGCAGAAAGAGCCAUCACACUGAAGAUGGAGAUUCCAGGGCCGAUGCCUCCUCUGAUCAGAGAGAUGCUGGAGAAUCCCGACACCUUCGAGGACAGCAGCGACUCGGGGGACAGCCCCGCCGCCUCCACGCCGCCACCGCCACCGCCACAGCCCCCGCCCCCGCCACUCGCCAUCAAGCAGGAGGAGAAAGCCACGGACGAGUCGGCCGUGGAGGAGGAAGAGGACGACGGCGAGGACGACUACUGGGACGAGGAGAGAGAGCGGGAGGCGGACAGUGACAGGGAGCUGUGGGGGGAGGCGGCGGUGGCGGCGGCCGCAGCAGCUACAGCGGCGGCGCUGGCGGCGAUGAAGAAAGGUGUGACUGGGAAAACACAGUGAGAGAGAGAGACACGACUGUGUUGCUUCCUCCUCCAGAAAAGUCUGUCCACACUUUUGACUGGUACUGUAUAUAUAUAUAUAU